AUGGUCUCGCAAUUCCAGCUGAUUUCCGCCAUCCGCGCGCUUCCCCCAAUCGUUCCGCCGUUCUCGCGCGCUGCAGGGGGAAGCGGGAACGGACACGCGGGUACCCCGCGGGACGAAAGGCGCGCGGGGACGUACCCGCGGACGCUCCGCGCGGUUACCGCCAAUGAGGCGGAGGAGGAGGGGGAAGGGGAGGGAUUGGGGGAGGGGGAGUCGCUGGCGCAGAGCCAUCAGGAGAGCCUUCACAUGGAGGCGGAGUGGCCAAUCGCGUGGUGCCAGGUGGCAGAGAACGUGCUCAUAGGCUCGCCGCUCGUGUCGGCUGCUGACGUGGACGUGGUGACGUCCAGGGCGGGCGUGACAGCUGUCGUCUCGUUACUGCCGUCGGAGCACGAGUCAGCGCUGGCCGUUGAUUGGUCCGCCGUGACCCGCCAGCUGGCAAGAGAGGGCGGCGUGGCGCUCAAACUGCCCGUCGGGGAAGCCGCCGCAGGCGGGCGGGCGGAAGCGGCGCGGGGGGAAGGGGAGCCGGGGGAGGGGUGGCGGGGAGUGUUAUCCGAGGGGGAAGCGGGGGAGUCGGAUUUGGAGGGGUGCUUGGAGGAGGACGGGGAGGGGGAGGGGGGUGAGGACGUGGUUUCGCAGGUGUUGGAAGCGGUGCGAGUGGUGGCAGCGCUGGUGGCGACAGGGCACAGAGUGGCGAUUGUCAGCUGCUCGCCUCACUCCGCCAGUGCCCUUGUUGCUCUGGGCUACACGACGUUUGUGAAGGGAGCGGACGUGAGCACUGCUCUGGCGGACAUGUGCCGGGCAUGCCCGGCUGCUGACCCGCCCAUGCGCGUGUGGAAGAAGGCUCACGCGCAGCUAGCAGGCAGCAACAUGAGGCGUCUCACAGACCUUGCAGCGGAGGAGCUUCAAACGAGGAUAGCAAAUGGCGUGCCUGGGUCCAGUGCCAAUGACUGGCAGGUGGCAGAGCGUAAGCUGGUGGCAGAGGGCUUCCAGCGCAUGGUGGCUGCUGACGUGGCACUCUCUGACGCCAUCUCCAAGGCGGCCAUUCGCAGGGCUGCACGGGCAGCAGAGAAGCAGAUGGAUGAUGUCGAGCUCACCUCGUCUGACCGCAUUGCUCUACUCAAGGCUCACAUCUCUCGUCUCGAAGAGAAGCAGCAAGCCGCAGACCAGGCCGCCCGGGCGGCGGAGGAUCGGAUCUCCUUCUUCCUGCGCCAGCUCAACGCACUACAGGACAAACAUGCCGCAGCGCAGAAGGAAGCAGUUGCUGCCACCCAGUUGGCAAGUCAACUCGCCGGCCAGUUACAAUCCCUGCAAGCGAGAGAAGGUUCCUCUGCACCUUCCUCUUUGGCCACAGCCCAAGCCGCAGCUCUAGGUUCGGCAGCCACCGAAGCUGACCGGGUGGCAGCUCUGGAAGCAGAGGUCCGGGAGAGGCGUGAGCGGGAGCAGGAGCUCCAAGCGGCGCAGCAGCAGGCAGAGCAGCGGGCGGCGUCGGCUCGGCAGCUUCUGCUCACUCUGGAAAAAGACCUGGCGAGGGUCACAGAGGGGGAGGCAGCAGCAAAAGAAGCAGCAGCUGAGGCAAAAGAGCGAGUAGGGUUCCUGUCAGGUGUGGUUCGCGAACUAGAAGGCAGAGAGAGGGAUGCGAGGAGAGAGGCUGAGAGGGCGAAUGAGGCUUUGGAGGUGGUAGCAGCAAGGGAGAGAGCAGCACAGGUUCGAGUGCAGGAGCUUUCUCUACAGGUGGAGCAGCUUGAAAAAGAGCUUUCUGCUGCCCAGGAAGCUUCCAGAAUCGCGCACGGGCGGUGCGAUUUCUUUGCCCGGCUUGUAGAUGUUCUGAGGGAGAGGGAGCAGGCGGCGGUUGAGGCGGCCAAACGGGCCAAUCAGGCGCUGACAGGUGUCGCGCGGGAGCUGGAGGAGGUGAAGGGGAGGGAGAGGAGGGAGAGGGAGGUGUGGAAAGGUGCAGUAGCGCGGUCUGAAGCGGUGAUGGCGGAGUUGGGAGCUACUAAGAGGAUGCAGAGGGAGUCUAGGGAGAGGAGGGAAGCUGCUGAGAAGCUUCUUGCGAAGCUCGAGUCGGCGGGAGGGAGCGGGGAAGGUUCGAGGAAGCUUCUGCUUCAGGCCCGGGCGGCGGUGGCCGACGCGCUGGAGAACGAGACGAGCCUCGCUGGGCUUGUCGUUGCGCUAGCUGACAAGCUGACUGAGGCGGCUGCCGCCCGCACGGCCCAGCGGGAGCGUUUGGCGUUUCUGGAGCGACAGGUGGCGGAGGGGAGGGAGAGAGAGCGGGCGGCGGAAGCGGCUGUGGCGGCGGCCAUGGGCGGGCAGGAGGAGCUUCGGAGGCAGGUGGACGAGGUGGCUCGGAAAGAGGCCGAGGCUCGGGAGGAGGUUCGGGUGCUAUCGAGCAAAGUGGAGAGCCUGUCAGCUCAGUCCACUGUAGCGGAGGAGGUGGAGGGCUCUCUUGCCGUUCUCCGAACCCAGGUGGCGUUCCUCCAAUCAGAGCUCGCCAGCGCGACACAGGAAGCCACGUCAGCCACCCAGCGCUCCACCUCGCUCCUUCACCAGCUCAACCUGCUGCGAUCCGGUGCCAGCAGUGAUGGCAGCGCGGGACAGGUGGCAGGUUCUGAUUCGUUGGACGAGGUUGCAGGGGAGGAGGAGACGGUUAGGAGGUUGGAGGAAGAGCUUUCGGCUGCCCGUGGGGCAGCGGAAUCAGCCAAUCAGAGGGUGUUUUUGCUGCAGGGGCAGGUGAAGGAGUUGCAGAAGAAAGAGGGCGUGGCCCAAGCGCUGCUUGGCCGGGCAGAGGAAAAGAUGUCGGCGCUGUUCGGGCAGCUUGCGGCUGCCCGGGACAAGGACUCGACAAGCCUCCGAGCUCUCGCCAAGGCUAGGUCAGAGGUUCGGCAGAUGGCUUGGCAAGUGGCUCGGCUGGAGGAGCAGCUACAGGCUCGGGGAAACACUGCAGGAGGGGUAGGGUUGGCAACAUCGGGAAGAGGGGAGGGGUGGGGAUUGGCAGGGUUGCUGGAUGGUUUAAGCGCGGGCACCCUGAAGCUGCUUGGCCUAGCAGGAGUGGGCGGCUUCGGAGGGGCGGCAGGGGUGGACGGCGGACAGAAGGAGCCGAAUGCUGCCAGGCUGGCAGCUGAGCUGUCGCGAGGAGCUGCUGCUCUGCAGUCCAGGGUGAAGAAGCAUGUGUCUCGGCUGGGCAAGAAUGCAGCAGCAGUGGACGCGGCGGCACUGACAUCGUUAUCAGAUCAGCCCAUAGAGGAGCAUUUCUCAGAGGAGGAGGAGAAGCUUCUCGCCUCAGCGUCGUGUCUGCGGGAAGCCGUGGUGGCAAUAGAUGCCAAACGCCGUGAGCUGGGAGCGGCACCUCUUGCCGCCCGGGUUCCGUCCGCUACCCGGACGGCAGCGCCGCCCGCUACAGUACCCGGAGCUUCAGCCGCCCAUGUUUCAGGCCCAGCAUCCCCUGCAGCCACAGCAGCAGCAGCUGCACCUGCUGUGCCAUCCCCUGCAGCCACAGCCACAGCAGCAGGUGCUGCUGUACCUGUUGUACCGUCAUCCGCCGCCGCUGCAGCAGCAGCAGGCACUGCAGCAGUAGCACCUGGAGCUAUUGACUCAGGGAAUCAGCAGCAGGAGCAGCAGCAGCAGCAGGCGGAGGUGAAUGGAGAGCACACCAAGAAAGUAGGCACUCACACAGAAGAAACAGAUGAAUGGCAAGAGGAGAACAGCAACGAUGCAGCAGCUGCAGCCACACUCGCAUCUUCCUCCUCUGCCUCAAACCCCUCCACUCCCUCGGCCUCUCUCCCCCCCUCUUCCAACUCCCCCUCCUCUGUUCCCCCAGCUUCUCUCUCCCCCGCCACUGACAACCCCACUACAUCAACCCAGCAGGCCCCCCCGUCACCGCCAGGGCACUUCUCCUCCCUCACUGCUCUCUUCGCCAAGGCAGCAGCAGCAGUGGGCCUCAGCGCCCUCCUCUUUAUGCCCCUGGCCCUCGGCUCGCACAGUAAGGAGUCACCUCUUAUCGAGUCGCUCCAGCAGGAGCAGCAGCAAUCUGCCGACGUAACCAGGCCACUGACCCAGCAGCAGGCAGUGCAACCAGUCUUGCUACAGCAGCAGCAGUCCGAGUCCCUGCCAUCGCUGCAGCUGUAUAACCCCUCCAUGCAGGCAUCCUCAUUGCAAGCAGCUUCUGUACAAGCAGCUUCACUGCAGCAGCCCACCCAGCCAGCAGCGCUGCAGCUGUUCUUUGACCCGCUGACGCUCAAGCCGGUGCAGGCUGCAGGCACCGGGGAGGCUUAUGAGGGGCCCUCUGCUCUGAUCCCACUACCAGUGCUCAAGGAAGCAGAGAAAGAAGUCUUGAAUCUGAUUGGCCAGUACACAACCGUGGCUAGGGAAAUGAAGGGACUGGCUGGAGUGGUUGCUCCGGAUGCUUCCCCAGAAGAUAGGAUCCAGGCUGCGUUUUUAUUCUGCCGCCAGCUGGCGUCGCCGCCGUCCACGUCAGCAGCUGCAUUGUCUAGAGCUGGUGGUGAUGGUGUGGAAAAUGCCACUUCAAUGAGUCGCAAUUUCUGUGCAUCUAUGGGGUUGUGA